GGAGGUGCUUGAGGCCGCGGAGGUCGUUGGUGUCUGUUGAACGGCUUGUGGAAGUCGUGCUGCCUUGGGUAGGGGUUAAAAUCGUUCUCGAGAGGAACGUCUCUGUCCGAAGAGAACAUGAGUUUAGCUCUGAGAAAUGAGCUUGUAGUUGACAAAACAAAGAGGAAAAAAAGAAGAGAACUCUCUGAAGAACAGAAACAGGAAAUUAAAGAUGCUUUUGAACUUUUUGACACAGACAAAGAUGAAGCAAUAGAUUAUCAUGAAUUAAAGGUGGCAAUGAGAGCCUUGGGGUUUGAUGUAAAAAAAGCUGAUGUACUGAAGAUUCUUAAAGAUUAUGACAGAGAAGCCACAGGGAAAAUCACCUUUGAAGAUUUUAAUGAAGUUGUGACAGACUGGAUAUUGGAAAGAGAUCCACAUGAAGAAAUAUUGAAGGCAUUUAAACUAUUUGAUGAUGAUGAUUCAGGUAAAAUAAGCCUGAGGAAUUUGCGACGUGUUGCCAGAGAAUUGGGUGAAAACAUGAGUGAUGAAGAACUUCGGGCUAUGAUAGAAGAAUUUGAUAAAGAUGGUGAUGGAGAAAUAAAUCAAGAGGAAUUCAUUGCUAUUAUGACUGGUGACAUUUAAAGAAUUACAAGGAUAAACACUAAGAAUGUUGCAGUUAUCAUCUUAUAUUCUAUUUUUGUGCCUGAAGCUGUGUUUAAAAAAAGAAAACAACUUAGUUCUUUUUUCCAAAAGGCCCAAAAAUAAGCAUCAUAUGUAUUCAUAUUUUACUACUGUUAAGUUUCUUUAUAUGAACAGUAUUGUUAGUACUCUAAUAGUUUAGCUUUGUAUUUAUAAUAUAGUUUUUAUAUAUAAAGUUUAAAAAAUUGAAUCGUGGUA